AUGCAUUCAUCUGUAACAGAGCCUCUCUUAUCAGAGACCUGGAGGAUACACGAGGUCGGCGACUCUUUGCCGGGGACCUGGCCCUCCUCUUUACACUCAACUGCCGAAGUCUCAUCUGGUCCACCUGAGCCCUCAACCAACGCGGGCUCUUUGCAUAAUCCAAAUGGUGCUCAGUCUCUGCCAGUAGAGGCUUCAGGCCACGAUGGUGUUUCCACACAAUUUGAUCCAUACGUUCCCGUCGGGGUUCUGAGCAAAAGAACCAUCCCUGAAGGGAAGUACCCAGAGUCUGAGAUUGCACUUUUGGAGAAGCACCGCCGGAUUUGCACCUCUAUAGGCCAUGGGAGUAGUGUCCUGGUAUAUAUCCUUCCGGAUGACGUGAAUCGCAAGUCAAUUCCACCGUCAAGCAACAAACUGAGGAAUGCCCUCAAGGUUGUCAUGUCAAUGAUUGACCCUUCCCCUGAGACGUGGGAGGGCCGAAGCCCUGCUCAUGCCCGAGCUGCCAAAGAGUCUGACGUUAGUGAAGACGAGUCAUUGUGGUACAUCUUCAAUACCCUGCAGAACCCAGACCCACAAGUGGAGGCUAUGAAAGACUCCUACUCUCGACAAGCAAUGGAGGAAUUGCUCUCUAGCCCCGAACACUCGGUCUCGGGUCUCAAGACUGCAUUAUACCCAUUUCAGCGUCGCUCGGCUGCAAUCAUGGUCCAGCGUGAAGCGCAGCCAGCCCAGGUGCUUGAUCCCCGGUUACAGACUUGGAAAAGUCCAACGGGACAGGAGUAUUACUAUGAUAAAGAGGAAGGGAGUAUUGUUCGUGAGAAGAGGUUGUACUCGGAAGCUUGUGGAGGGAUCCUGUCAGAAAUCAUGGGCUGCGGCAAAACCCUCAUUUGCCUUGCUGUGAUUUUGGCCACCCGCGGACAUUUCCCCAAAAUUCCCAUCAAAUACCAGGCAACUGGAAUUCAUUCAGCUCGUGAGAAAACAGGAACACUCAUGGAAAUGGCGGCUGCGGCUGCCGGCAGACUCUCCGUGCCGUGGAAAAGCUACUUCCACGCAAGAAGAGAACAGGGAAAAUGGUAUGAUCGAUGUGUCAAAGCAUGCGAGUUUCACUGCGGCUCAUAUGAGAUCCCUCCACACCAAACCAAGUACCAGGGCCGACACAGCACCUCAUACCCUCGACCGCCCGCCAAACGGAUUCGCCUCUGCUCAGGGACUCUCAUUGUCGUGCCACCCAAUCUGGUAAAUCAUUGGGAACGCCAGAUUGCCCAGCAUACUGAGGGAUUGAAAGUCUUGGUCUUGCGGCAGGGGUCUGAUGUGACACCUUCGGCAGAUCAACUUUUGGACUAUGACAUCGUCUUGUUCUCUAAGACUCGGUUUGAGCGAGAGGCUGGCGAGCCUACCAACAACCGGCGUGACCGACUCGUGCAGGUGAACUCGCCUCUUACCAGGCUCCAUUGGCUGAGGGUUAUUGUUGAUGAAGGUCACAACGUCGCAGGCCAUGGCUCGAAAACGAACAUGGUUCACCUGUUGAAUAAUCUUCAUCUCGAGCGUCGAUGGAUCAUUUCAGGAACACCAUCUUCAGGACUAUAUGGCGUGGAAGUCAGUCUUGCCUCGCAGGAGGCCAAUACGAGCGAUACUGAAUCGACAGAGGAUAUGGUCGCUGCGGCUUUGCAAGGCCGGAAGAAAACCGGGAAUGCCGUCGAUAACGAGAUGAACGAUCUUGCCAGACUACGACGCAUUGUGAUAGAAUUCCUUGAUCUCAAGCCUUGGUCCAAUUCCCGUGCAGAAGAUCCUGCCGACUGGACCACAUACAUUAAACCGAUCGGGAAAGAUGGCAAGCGGCGCAAAGCUCCAUCACUGCGUGCCACGCUCCAGAGUCUGAUCGUGCGACACCGGCUUGAUGUGGUCGAGGCCGAAAUCACUCUCCCCAAGCUCCAUAAUCGGGUUGUAUUCCUGGAGCCAACAUUUUACGACAGAAUGUCGAUUAACUUGUUUCUUUUUGGCCUUGCGGUCAACUCAAUCACGUCUGAGCGCCAGGGCCCAGAUUAUAUGUUCGAUCAGAGCAAUCGGAAGCACCUCAACCAAACCAUUAACAACCUGCGCCAGGCUGGUUUCUGGUGGGCAGGCUCUGAUGUCGACGUGCAGGAUACCGUCGACCAUGCGCUCAAAUAUAUGAAUGCAAAUCGCGAAAAGAUUGCGCCAGCGGACAUUAAUCAGCUGAAUCACGGAAUUCAAAUCGCUCGCAAGGCAAUAGAUUCUCAAAGCUGGCACGGGUUCAAAGACCUGCACGAACUCGGGGUGUUCGUCGAGCAGUUCCCAGAUCAUGCUCGGGGCCUCUGGGCCCUUGACUCGGCGAAUGCACAAGUCGAGCCUCUGAUGCUCGGCAUCACCCAGGCCCGACAUGCGCAGCAGUUCAUCACGCAGCAUCUCCGGGCUUAUGAUCCCGCCGAAGGUCUCGCCGGUGCUGGGAUCAAGGUCCGACGGGAACUGGCACAGCGUGACCAGCACUCUGCUCCGAGGAGAGCCUCGGAGUCGGCGAGUGCACCAAGCUCAAAAGGGCAGCUGGUGCACAGUCCGAAACCACACAGCAACAAGUCACCGAAAAAGACAUUCCAGAAGAAUCACUAUCGAUCACUUCCAGCCGACUCUCCACUGAAACAGACGCAAUUUGUGGCAACAGCCUCGGCCAAGUUGACUUACUUGCUGGACCAAGUCUUGGAACAUCACACGGCCGAGAAGAUCAUUAUUUUCUACGACAAUAACAACUCAGCCUUUUGGAUUGCCGAGGGUUUGGAGCUAUUGGGCAUUGAGUUCCGCAUCUACGCCAGCACCCUAAAACCCGAGCUGCGCACCGAGUAUUUGAAGCUGUUCCACGAGUCGGAGAAAGUGCGCGUACUCCUAAUGGACCUGCGCCAGGCCUCGCACGGCCUGCACCUCGCGCAAGCAUCGCGCGUGUUCAUUGUCAACCCAAUCUGGCAGCCCAACGUCGAAAGCCAAGCCAUCAAGCGUGCUCAUCGCAUUGGACAGACCCGCCCGGUAUACGUGGAGACGCUGGUGCUGCGCGACACGCUUGAAGACCGCAUGCUUCGUCGCCGCAAGGAGAUGUCGCAGGCCGAGAUGCAGCAAGCCGAAAAGAGCUUGCUGGACGAUACCACCAUGAGCGACAUCAUCCAGAAGGAGCCGUUUCUAGUCAUGCCUGACGAGCUUGGCGCGGGCGCUGCUAUGCUCUCCCACCCGACUGGGUUCUUUGAUCGCCACCGGCUGCCCAUUCCCGAUGACGAGGUCGUUUCGGCGAGGAGCCCGUCUUGUCGGAAAACCCCCGCGUUCUGGGAUCGGAUGCCGACGACGAGUCGGCUGUUGAUGCGGAGGUUGCGUCGCCCCCGCCUAAGCGACCGAGGGUCGGCUUUGGGUCGAGUGUGA